AUGAGCUCUAAAGAUGAAGAACCGCUGUGCUCCUUUUGCAAAGAAAGGAGUACAAAGUAUAGUUGUUUGUCCUGCAAUGUUGUAGUUUGUAACGUUUGUUCCUCGCCAGCUAAUCCUGGCACUAAAGGUUAUAAUGAAGAAGCGAAAAGAGUAAGUGUUUGCAAGAAGUGUACUAAACCUCCAUCGGCAUCAACAUCUGAACCUCCCCGAAAAGUACAGAAAACCAUAUCUUCGAUGUUCAGCAAAUCAAACAAGACGCCCUCAACAUCGUCGUCGAGUUCUUUUACGAAAGCAAGAAGAAACCCCAAACAACAUGGCAAUGUUAGUGCCUCAAGUUCAAAAGAAGUUAGAACAGUCAAAACGUCUACCGUAGAAAAGUGGAAGUCCGAUUUAUCAGAAUAUUCGGCAGCAGAAUGGUUAACAUACGAUGUUGAUGCUGAAGGAAAGGCAAGGAAUCUUAAAUGUAAAUUUUGUAUCAUGUUUGAAGACAAAAUCAAGAGCUUGCCCAAUUACUCAGACAUUUAUAUCAAAGGUUCAACGAAUUACAGAGUUUCAGCAGUAAAAGAUCACGCAACGAAUAUCAAUGGUGAUCCACAACAUCCUCACACCGUGGCUCAUGGUAAUUUUCUGAAGGCCAGUGGAGUAGAAAUCGAACAGCGCGCAAAAAAAAUUGCAAAAUCCUGCGACAAAGGAAAUACUGAUGUAGUGUCCGGGUUACAAAAUCACAAUAAAAUGGAUCCAUCUACGUUAAGAAAAACUAAAACUAAGUUCGAGACCGCAUAUUUCGUGGUCAAGGAAGAAUUACCCAUCAGUACAUGCAAAAACAUUCUGAACCUGGAAUCUAAACAUGGAGUUGAAAUCGGUACGAAAUACCUUACAGAUCCAUCGGUGGGUACUUUCAUAGACUUUAUGGGGCAAGAACUUAAACACCAACUGAAUGCCGAUUUAGCAAAAGCCAAAUUUUACAGUGUAUUAUGUGAUGGAUCCAUGGAUACCACUACCGUAGAAAACGAGGUAUAA